AUGCUUGAUAGGGCUCUCAAGUAUCGAGCUGCCUUUGGUAAUCCCAAAGUCAUUGGUGGGAUAAACUACAAGUUUCACCCUACAGAAGCUGAAUGGCACCGAUUGAAGCAGAUUUGUGAGUUUUUGGAGCCUUUUGAUGAAAUCACUAAUUUGAUCUCAGAUGAAGUCAUCAGAAGUAUGAUUGUUCCAAUGAGAGAAAGGUUUGAUAAGUAUUGGGAAGAUCUUAGUGAUGUCAUUGCAAUGAAUACAGUGUUUGAUCCAAGGUUGAAGCUAACACUGAGACGCGAAACUAAUCAGCAAACUGAUGAGAACGAAGGAAAAAAGGGAGUUUUGGCAACUAUGAUUUACGUAGGCUAUGAAAACAAUUACAACAAUUACGAUUUUAUUAACUUCCGCAAACAAACUGUUGUUACUAGUGGAAAGUCUUCUUUGAAAAUGUAUCUAGAUGAUCCGCCGAUAGAAAUGAUAGAGUUUGAGAGUUUGGAUAUUUUAAAAUAUUGGAAAGAUAAUUCUCAAAGGUAUGGAGAACUGGCUUCAAUGGCUUGCGACCUCCUUAGUCUACCAAUCAUAACAGUAGCAUCUGAAUCUUCUUUUAGUAUUGGAAUUCGAGUUUUGAACAAGUACAGAAGCCGUAUUCUCCCCAAAAAUGUUCAAGCACUAAUAUGCUGCCGCAAUUGGUUAAAAGAGGAGGAUGAAGAAUUUGAUGAAGAUGAGAUAUUACCUUCUUUCCAGUCAAUUGUUGAUGAUGAAGCUUGA